AAAUUGAGAUAUUUAAAAUCUCUCCCAAAGUUUCUUUCUUGAACUAAUUUUAAAUAAUUUCCGAUUACCCAUUUAUAGAUUUUUCUUCUUCCUCCUUGUUCUCCGUCCUGGAUUCUCCUCCUCUGUCCUCUGGAAAAUUCUCCAGCCGAAAGGUCGAAGCUUUUUCCUGAAAUUGGAUCGAGAUGGGUAACGCACUGAGGUCUCUGUACGGAAAAUGCUGCAAACCCACGACCGCCGAUGAGUCUCUCGGUCCUCACGGCGUCUCCGCCGCCACCGUCGGUGUUUCUGCUCUUGCCCACGAUCUCUUCAACUUCGAGAUCACUUCCCAGGUUCCUGAAGAGCUCGGCAGUUAUGUCGUAUCCUCCAGAAAAGCUCAGGCAAACUGGUAUAGAAAGAUGCUUGAUGCAUGGAAGCAAGCAAAACCUCCACCACAGACAGCUGAGGAAGCUUCUAGACUUAUCAUUGACACCUUAAAGAGGCAUCAGAAGGCAGAUGUUGAGGGGCUUUUAACUUUCUAUGGACUCCCCUUGCCUCACACUCUUGUUAACCUCUCCGCCGAGGCUCCCACUUCUUUACCCGAUGGAGUACUAUAUGAACUUCAAACUCUUCCGGUGGAUCCGAAAGCCGUGGCAGAUGGCGAUACAAUCACUGUGUAUGUUAGUACUGCCGACCCAUCUGUAUCAUCUACUGUUCCGAAAGAGGUAAUUCUUGCGUCAGUUAAAAGAGCAAAAGCUCGUGAGCGGAAAGAUUACGACAAAGCAGAUGAACUUCACAAGAAAAUUACGGAUUCUGGUUACAGGAUCCUAAACAUUCAAAACGAGGAAAUCCUUGCUCGUAAGUUCCGAAUUCGACUAAGGGGAAUAGAUGCACCGGAGAGCCAGAUGCCAUAUGGGAAGGAGGCACAACAAGAGUUACUUAAGAUGGUUGGAAAAAAAAGUUUGAGGAUCUUAGUUUAUGGAGAAGAUCGGUAUGGACGAUAUGUAGGAGAUAUAUACUGCAAUGGGAGAUUUGUACAGGAAGUAAUGUUGAAAAAAGGACUCGCGUGGCAUUAUGUAGCAUACGACAAGCGAACCAUACUUGCAAAGUGGGAGAAAGAGGCAAGGGAGAGACGUGUUGGCUUGUGGGCUUCGUCGAAUCCAGAGAAGCCAUGGGACUGGAGAAGGGACAGACGCCAAGGCAACAAUCAAAACUAGCUUCACUCUUUUUUCUUCUGGUUUUGAUCUGAAACAUCCUAAGAUGAUGUAAUGAUUGUUGUAGCUGCUGGAUUUACACGUGACUGUAUAAAAUGUAUGUAUUUUCAUGUCUGUAUUGAUCAAAACCCAA